ACCAGCUGAUAAGUAGUGUUUUAUUGUGAAAGUGUUUAAACAACAAAAUCUGUACUGUUUUUAAAACAUUUUAUUAUGAAUAUAUACACCAAAAGUUAUGCUGUAGAAUUUAUUCGUUUAUUGUCCUAUUAAUAACAGAGAACUUAUAUUAAUAAGCUUCAAAAAUGUCUAAACGUAGCAUUAUGUUUCACCCUAUUAUCAGCUCGAUCCAACGAAUUGCCCUUUAUGAAACGAAAGCUAGAUUCUAUUUGAUUGGGUCAAAUAAUACUGAAACAAGAUUUCGUGUACUCAAAAUAGAUAGAACUGAUCCUAGAGAGCUGAUAUUAGUUGAUGAUAAAGUGGAAUACAACAAGCAAGAGAUACACCAGUUGCUGAACAUGAUUGGGUUCGGGAAUAGGACAGGACGGAUGGCAGGGUUCAACAAACUUGUUUCUGCUUUUGGUAUUGUAGGGUUCAUAAGAUUCCUUGAGGGUUACUACAUCAUUCUGGUUACAAAGAGAAGAAAGGUGGCAGUAAUUGGUUCACAUUCCAUUUACAAGAUUGAAGAUACAAAUACAAUAUACAUUCCGAAUGACAGCAGUAAACCGCCUCAUCCAGACGAACAGCGGUACUUGAAAAUGUUCUUGGCAUUAGACUUAUCCACGAAUUUCUACUAUAGCUACAGUUAUGACGUCACACAUACUUUGCAAAUGAAUAUGGCGCCUCCAAGGAAGCUAGCACCUGCUUUGUUCCCUAAACCUGUCACUGCUGCAGUGUACCAUUCAAAUUUAAAGUCAACUUCCAGUCAAGAUUUGAAUGAGAAAUGUGAAUGCAACAAGUAUGACGAUGAUGAUGAAGAUAUUUUCGAAACUUGGAAGAGCCAAUUACAGCAGAGGCAAAAAUCAGGAUGUCGGACUCAAAGACUAGACUUUGGUGUGCGCUCAGUACCUGAAUGGCGAUUUGUUUGGAACAGUCAUUUGCUAUCAGCUGUCCACUCACACCUACACCCUGACUGGAUCCUAUACAUAGUUCAUGGAUUCAUAGAACAAAGCAAUUUGAAUAUAUUUGGCCGGCCCAUAUAUCUCACUCUAAUAGCUAGAAGAAGCAACAGAUAUGCAGGGACAAGGUUUCUGAAAAGAGGUGCUAAUAUGCACGGGGAUGUAGCUAAUGAGGUUGAAACAGAACAGAUUGUUCAUGACUCAAUGGUGUCUUCAUUUGCUGCGGGAAAGUUCAGUUCUUUCGUGCAAAUGAGAGGGUCAAUACCAAGUUACUGGUCUCAAGAUGUCUCAAAAAUGGUACCCAAACCAGCUAUAUCAAUAGAUUUGAGUGACCCCUUUGCACAAAUACCUGGCAAACAUUUAAACAAUCUGAUGAGAAGAUAUGGUUCACCAAUCAUGUUCUUGAAUUUAGUUAAAAAAAGAGAGAAGAAGAAGCAUGAAUCUCUCUUGACUGAUGUAAUAAGUAAUGGAGUCAAGUAUUUAAAUCAGUUCUUGCCGCCUGAACACACUGUACAGUAUUAUCAUUUAGAUAUGGCCAGAACAAACAAAAGAUCCGAUACUAAAGUUUUGGACAAAUUGUCGGCUAUAGCACGGACAGUAGUACGUAAAACGGGUAUAUUUCUAAGCACGAGUGGCUACGGCGAGGUGACUGGUGUGGAAGGGCACCAAGACGGUCGGCUACAAACAGGCUUGGUCCGCGUCAACUGUGUGGACUGCCUCGAUAGGACUAAUACGGCACAGUUCGCUAUUGGAAAAUGUGUGCUGGCACAUCAAUUAUACGCUUUGGGGUUAAUAGGACAACCAAAUAUAGAGUUCGAUUCAGAUUGCGCUAGGCUUCUGGAAGGAUUAUAUGAGGACCAUGGUGACACGCUCGCCUUACAAUACGGAGGGUCACAGUUAGUGCACAGAAUCAAGACGUAUCGGAAAACAGCGCCUUGGUCGUCCCACGGAAAUGAUAUAAUGCAAACAUUGAGCAGAUAUUAUUCCAACACGUUUUCAGACGCUGAGAAACAAAACACAAUGAAUUUGUUUCUAGGGCUCUUUGUACCAGAUAUAUCGAAGCCACCCAUUUGGGAGUACCAAAGUGAUUAUUAUUUACAUCAUCCAGAGGCUAUCGUGUAUAUUCCUAGAAACAGGUCAUUAACAAAAUGGUGGGAUGAUGACAUGCUCCGACACCUGCCACUCCCCUGCAACGAGAUGAGGAAGCUGUGCUGCGAGAUCAUCGGCAUGCAAGGCGACAGCAGCAGUACUGUGGAGAUGGUCGACCCCUACCACGAUUAUAAUAGACCAUUUGAAUAUACUGUGCUCAUGGAGUGCUUCGAGUUUAAGAUGUUUCACACGCUCCGAGACUUAGCUCCAACAUUUUCCGAGAGUUUCAGCCCGUUUGUAGUACGCGGGCGAUCUAUGGGACAGACAAAAGGCCCGACUUCCAAAAACCCAGUAAUCAGUGGACGUUCUAGUACUACGUCUAAUAAUUCGAGCGACUCUAACGGAGAUUCUUCAACUGACGAUGAUUUAACUAACUCUACGCCAAGUACACGGUUCUCAGUACCGUCACCGCUAACCGUGGUUGCAAAAAUAUUGAAAGCCAAAGAUGAUGAAGAGCCCUCUUUAUUCCCUGCUAUUAAACGCCGUAACAGAAUCCUGUUGAAUGAGCCUAAUAAACGAGAUAUGAUUAUGUACAGACGAUACGUUAAUUUCGAGCGCCGCUCAAAUCCACGCUACAAUUCUGAUAUUCACAUAGUGAUGACCGUCAAUAGUGCGUUCACUAUCGAUAGCUCCGUCGACGUCAUUCCGCCUACAGUAUCAAAAACUUCGCGCGAGAUUUACCAAGAUUAUGUCCGACGAAACACCGGACGAGUUACAGUAAAGUCUGCCUCGGUUGCUGAAUAUACAAAAUAUGUAAACUUUUGUCAGUAAACUACAUCUCUUUAUUUUAACCAUGCUUAAUAUUCUCAAAUAUUUAUUAUUAGUUAAAUAUCAAAUAUAAUCACUACAUAACAAUAAAUAUUUAAAUCAUU